CCUAAAAAGCCUAACCUUGGACGUAAGCAGCAGGAGUAAAAAUUGCACAGGGAACAGAACGUUGUUCUGUUACGCAACAAACGCAGCAAAACACAAGCAACAAAAAAGAAAAUUGUAGGGUUCUUUACAAACCACUAAUUCUUGAAUUCAGAAUCGAUUGUUUGAAUGGUGUCAAUUGGACUGGGGUCUACGUAUUUGCUCGAGAAGUUUUGAGAACCAAAUUUGCAGGCGAACAGAUUACGAGUUAGGACUUCCUUCUCUUCCAGUGCUAUUGGUAAGCUCCGCCUUAUUCAGAAAAUGGAUCGUGACAUUUCUUCUGCCGCUUCUUUUUAACUUGGAAAAGCUUCACAAUUUUUCACUUCAAUAGAAAAAAAGAAAUCUAAGUACUUGGAAAAUGCAGGUUAAUUUCUGUAGGACCAGAUGAGGGCUAUAGCAUGAUUAGAAAGUGACAAAUGAUUGAGUUUCUUUUCCCAAAUUCCACGCCACAUAAUAUGGUUCAAGUCUUUGAAUAACACUGCUGGCAAGUUUCUUGGACAAUUUAAGUACUGGAAAAAAGGGAAAAAGAAACCAAAGAGAAUGGUUUCUGAUUUCAGUUGGUUAUCAGGUUUUGCAGCUAUGGAAAUCUCUAGUCAACUUAAAUUAGUCUUUAAAUUCAUAGAUGCUAAUGGAGAUGGGAAGAUAUCUCCAUUGGAGUUAACUGAAAUUUUGUUGAGUCUUGGACAUGAAGAAUUGAAAGAUGCUGAGGAAUUAGCUGAAGUUAUGGUAAAAGAAAUGGAUUGUGAUGGGGAUGGAUUUGUGGAUUUAGAUGAGUUCAUGAGUAUUAUGGGGGUGGAAAAUGAUCAAGUUUUUGGUGAUUCUACUAAGGAUUUCGAUGAGCUUAAGGAAGCUUUUCUUGUAUUUGAUGCUGAUAAAAAUGGAGUUAUAUCAGCUAAAGAGUUGAGGAGAGUCCUAAUUAGUCUUGGUUGUGUAAAUUGUAGUGUUAAAGAGUGUCGUAGAAUGAUUAAAGGGGUUGAUAAAGAUGGUGAUGGAUUUGUAAAUUUUGAUGAGUUUAAAGAGAUGAUGGGUGCUGGUUGCAAUCUUUAGUAUAGUAAGCCCUUAAUCUUUAUCUUAUUCUAUUUUUGUAUAUUUGGGAUUUGAAAGGGAGCUUAGCACAAGUUAAGAGUUGUCUCUGUGUGAUUCAAGCUAGGGAAACAAAAUGUAAGAGCGCAUGUAAUUAACCCAAUAUGGUUUGGCCCUUCCAUGAACUUUGCCCGUACUGAGAUUUUAGUGCAUUAAGUGGUUCUUCCUUGUUAUUGUCAGGGAUUUCUUUGAAAUUAGUGACAGUUAAUUUUGUGGA